GUACGAUCGGGUCGCGACAUCGUCCAGCAUGUCGAUGCCAUUCUAGCGCACAUUGUCCACCUCUAGAACACACCAUUGCCACGCAAGAUUUCCGCAAUAGGCAGGUGUCGAACACAAACCCUGGUAAUUUUGCCGUCGGGUGUCCGCCAUUCGAGUUGGACAUUGCACCAUCAGUUAAACAAUAAAUAGCAUCGCAAAAGGACAAACAGAGCAGGCAAGGGGUUAUGAAAGGGGAACUACACCUCAUCUUAUUCUCGCUCUCUUCUACCUAGUCUCACCAUGCAUACCUGGAUUUCUAGCUAGAUAGGAGGUAGGUAUAUCUCAACGUAGUCUCAACGUCGUCGUAAUGAGCAUAUUGUCUGGUCGUCUCAUCGACAUACAAUUACCUAUUCCCUGAAAAUGGCGGACCCCAUCGAAAACGGCGUUUCGCCAAAGCCUAAGAAAGCCAUAGUGACAGAGGCGCACGUCGCACCCCUCAACGAUGAGACAAGUGUAGCGCACAAGGUGGGCUCCGAAGAUCCUCAGCGCGAUGAAGAUACUGUAUAUGUGAAAGGUCAUCCAGUAAUCCGGAAUGGAGCCGAUGUAUCCAAAUACUUGGUCUCGUGUCGCGACGACGGCGACCCCGCCUUCACUUUUCGUUCCAUAGUUCUAGGCUCUAUUUUCACUGCGCUUUCCAGCGUUAUUACCAUAUUAUACACCUUUAAACCGUUCCAAGUCCAAGUUUCGGCCGUUUUCAUACAGCUCUUGGUUUUCGUUUUUGGAGAGGCAUGGGCAUUAUUGACUCCCAACCCGAAUCGAGUUAAAGGAAAGUGGCUGCAAAACACGUUCCGUUUUCUCAACUUUGGGCAGCCGUUUGGGAUUAAAGAGCAUGUUGUGGCAUCGUUAAUCGCCUCGUCUGGUAAUAAUGGAUUGUCGGGAGUCGAGGUGUAUGCGAUAGAGCGACUAUUCUACGACCGAAGUGUCUCUGCUUCUACUGCGGUACUCGCUACCUUCUCAAUUUCACUCUGCGGGUUUGUAGUGGCGGGACUACUAAGGCCACUGAUCGUCUAUCCCGCCGAAAUGGUCUACUGGUUAUCACUCCCGCAAGUCGUCCUCUUCCAGAAUCUCCACUUUGACCGGAUCGCCAAUCGAGGCCGCCUCAAGAAGUUCGGUUGGGCUCUUGCCUUUGCCGCUGUCUGGGAAAUAUUCCCAGCCUACAUCAUACCAUGGUUUAGUGGUAUCUCGAUUGUCUGUCUAGCGACGAUCAACGCCCCUAAAAGUACCCGAACUGUCAUCUCCACGAUCUUCGGCGGUGCUUCGUCUAAUGAAGGGCUCGGUAUCUUCAACUUUAGCCUCGACUGGCAGUAUAUCCAGAGCCAAUAUUUGUCCUUGCCGCUUAAGCAACAACUAAAUUCUUGGAUUGGCUUAGUGAUCUUAUAUGCCGCGUUGACUGGGCUUUACUACUCAAAUACCUGGAAUGCGAAAACUUUCCCAUUCAUGUCUACGUCCCUCUUCUCAGCUAAUAGCACCGUUUUCCAGCCGACAGCUAUUCUAAAUGAUCAAGGGGUCAUCGACUACGCCAAGCUCAACGACGUUGGCUUACCAUACCUGACCUCAGCGACAGUAUGGGGUUAUCUGACGCAGUCGAUUGCCAUUGGAGCGUUGAUAAGUCAUGUUAUAAUAUUCUUCGGCAAGGAUAUGGUUGCUGCUUGGAAACAGGCGCGAAACAGGACGCAGCCCGAUGUCCAUUACCAAGCCAUGUUGAAAUACAAGGAAGUACCGCACUGGUGGUACAUUGCCCUUUUCGUCCUCUGUUUCUUCGCAGGGUUAGCUGUAAAUAUCAUCGGGGAAACCACGCUUCCUGCCUGGGGUUAUAUCAUUUCCCUUCUUUUAGGGGCUUUCAUCGCCCCCUUCUCCUGUAUUCUCUACGGCUUGUAUGGGAGCGGCGUCGCGACGAAUCAGAUAAGCAAGAUGGUCGCAGGAGUUGUUCAUCCCGGUCGUCCGCUGGCCAAUCUAUACUUCGCUAGCUGGUCACAUCAGGUUAUCCUCCUUGCCGUGAACCUCGCGAACUGGUUAAAAGUGGGAGUCUAUUGCAAGAUCCCUCCCCGGACUAUGUUCACCACGCAAAUUUACGGCACUCUCCUCGGCGCAGGCCUGAACUACGCAGUCAUGACAAGCAUCGUGAACAGCCAACGAGAAAUACUACUCGACCCAUCCGGAAAUAAUAUUUGGAGUGGGUCGGUUGUGCAGAGCAUGAACUCUCAGGCAGUGACCUGGGCUCUGGCAAAAGACAUGUAUGGGUUGUCGGGACGCUAUGUCAUCGUUCCUCUCGGGCUCCUCAUCGGAUUUUUCCUUCCAGUCCUGCAUUGGACCCUGAUCAAAAUAGUUCCGCGCGUCAAAGAUUAUCCCAUUAAUACGGCGUUGAUAUCUGCGUAUGCUGGUAUAAAUUACUAUGGAAAUACCUCGUGGAUUUGGUCCUCGAUUGCGGUGGGCAUCUUUUCGCAACUUUGGCUAAGGCGUCGGCUGCCAAAUAUCUACAACAAGUACAACUACCUCAUCGGAGCAGCGUUGGACGGAGGGUCACAAUUGGUGAUUUUCGUCCUUUCUUUUGCGGUUUUUGGCGCUAGUGGAACAGCAUACCCAUUCCCCUCGUGGUGGGGCAAUCCAUCUUCAGGAAACCCGGAUCAUUGCCUAUAGAUUAUUCUGAAGAUAUUCGCAGAUUGACUGAGCUUAGUCAUCGACUAAAUUAAAAGGGAGGUGAGGGCCAAGACAUAAAAGGGGCAUAUGGUGAGGCAAAAUAACUUGAAAACUUCCACCUAAUUAG